AUGAGCUCGUGAAACUGUCCGGCUGUGUGAGUUUCAUUGUGAAGAAGUGCGACAGAAGCUUUAUAAUCAGUUACUGGUGAACUCAGCAGAGCAUUUGUUAUUUGAUGGAAGCAUCCAGCCUGGAAUAGACUGACUUCUAAACACAUACUGACUACAUCAAUGGCUGACUACGGACAUCCUCUGGGUAGCAGCCAAUCAGUGAGUACUCUGGAUAAAUCAGUGCUCAUCUCUGCUGUUAAACCCACACACUCCCGUAAUGGCAGCACAGGAUCUCCACGCCACUCACGACAGAACUCCAGGGAUUGGGAAGUAAUAUCAGAUGCAGAAUGUUCUGCAUCUGUCGCAGGAGCGAGUAUGGCUAAUAACACUGUUCCAGGCAUUUGUGAGGGAUUCCUCAUGAAAAAGCGCAAGUAUCCUCUCCAGGGCUGGCAUAAGAGAUAUUUUGUAUUGGAUAAGGGGACUCUCAGAUAUUCAAAGACUCAACAGGAUAUUGUCAGAGGCAAGGUUCACGGUGCUUUAGAUGUUAGUCUUGCGGUCAUGUCUGUGAACAGGAAAUCUAAGCGCAUUGAUCUUGAUGCUGGCCACAGCUUGUACCAUGUUAAGGCAAAGAGUGACGAUAUCUUCUACAUCUGGCUGACCAAACUGACUGCCCAUCGGCAUUUCAAGAAAAGCGAGGCUAUAAACUUGCACCACGGGGUCCUUCAAGCCCUCUCGACAGGAACCAGCAGCACUUUGCCUGCCAUGGCGAGUCUUGCACAGAGAAACAGAGUGAUGAUGCCACAUUAUCAGAGCUCAGUAUCAUUGGUUGAGUCAGAGAUGCAGGGUUCCCCAUCAGCCUCUUCAUCUCAAGGAAAUACUAAAGUAUCUGAUUGGCUCAAACAGACACAGGAAGCUGACGUGUGCCAGCAAGAACUUGCCAGGUGUCAGCUGGAUUUAGCUGAGCUCUCGAGUUUAAUCCAGAAACUUCACUGGCAUGAGGGUGGUCUUCCCAUCACAAACACGGACCUUGAACAUCGAAUCAGCAUGCAGAAUCUUAGUCUUGAGAAACCCAAAAAGAAGUCUGGAAAGAUCUGGGGUCACUCACGAACGCUGUCAGGAGUCGAAUCGCUUGGCUUUUUUUCUUCGAGCCACUUGGGCACAUCAACAGGCUUGGCUGCUUCCCUUCAGUCCAUCCCAGAUUACGUUUACUCCCAGCUGUCCACGCCUGCGGUCUCCUCACCAGAAGGAAAGCAACUGCAGUUAGACAUCUGUGCCUUGUGUGACAAAGUACAUUCGUCUUUAAAAUCCAUCCAUGAAUCCCUGGCUGUAGAGCGUGAGCGUGUCAGACAGGCUUGGGCCGGACCUGACCUUAGGCAGUCAACCUCAGAUCAGUUGGCCACAUUGUGCACGACCCUCUCAGAGCUUGAGCUGCAGUCACGUUUAACCAGAGUUCACUCUGUAUCGCUGUCAUCUGAUUCGUCAGACGAGUCUUACUGUACUGUGCGCCAGGAUCAGGACACCCCCUCUCAGGACCGUAAGCUGUAUCGUACACCUUCAGUAGCAGACUCUACAGCAGAGUAUUUUGAUGCCAGUGAGCUGGUUUGUGAGAAUUUGUCUGAAAAUGAAACAUCUGAUGAAUCUGGAUUGAGUGAUGUCACCACAAGCAACUCUGAACCAGAGGAAGGCCACAAAACUGCAAAUAUGAAGUACAGAGCCAGUGUUUCCAGCACAAAUGAUUUAGCUUCUAAUGCUCAGGUCAGUGGGCGACGCACAGUGCUUCCUGCACACAGCACUGAUAACAGCCAUAUCGGAAUCCUCUCCAUCCUGUACAACAACAUCGGGAAGGAUUUGUCACGGGUCUCCAUGCCAGUGGCUCUCAAUGAACCGCUUAGUUUAUUACAGCGUGUCAGUGAAGAGCUGGAAUAUUCUGAACUCCUGGAUAUUGCCAACCACACAGAUGACCCUUUCGAAAGAAUGGUUUAUGUGGCUGUGUUCUCUAUUUCAGGCUAUGCCUGGGCCAGCUGGCGUAAUCGUUACAAACCCUUUAACCCUGUUCUAGGGGAAACGUAUGAGAAUGUGCGGGAGGACCAUGGUUUCCGUUAUAUCGCAGAGCAGGUCAGUCAUCACCCACCUCUGUCUGCCUGCCAUGCAGAGUCUGAUAACUUCAGCUUUUGGCAAGACCAAAGAUGGAAGAAUAAGUUCUGGGGGAAGUCAGUGGAAAUCGUUUCAUCUGGAAUGGUUAAUGUCACUCUGCCAAACUACGGUGAUCAUUAUGAGUGGAAUAAGGCAGUCACUUGCAUCCACAAUGUGUUCAGUCAGCAGAGAUCGCUCGAGCACUACGGUGACGUCGUCAUUCGUAACCUCAACAACGAUGAGUGCACCUGCAAGAUCACAUUUGUCAAAUCGCGUUACUGGGGUGACGAUAGCAACAAGAAUGAAGUGCAGGGCACCGUCCUUGACCGCGCUGGCAGAGUGCUUCACCGCUUCGGGGGAUCAUGGCAUGAAGGCAUCUUCUGUGAUACACUUCCCAACCCACAAUGCAUUUGGAAGCCCAAUCCUCAACCAGAUGCUUACUUUGACUACUAUGGCUUCUCCCAGUAUGCCAGAGAGCUCAAUGACCUGACACCUGACAUAAAGGAUAAGUUGCCCCCGACAGACACUCGUUUCCGUCCAGACCAAAGGCUUCUUGAAAAGGGCAAAGUGGAAGAAGCCGAUAAACGCAAGGAUGAAAUAGAGGAGAAACAACGUGAAAGACGUAAGGCAAUGACCAAGAGGGGUGAAGAGCAUGUUCCACGUUUCUUUGUAAAAACCUUAGAUCACGCUGGAAGAGAGGCGUGGGUGACAAAUGGAAUUUACUGGAAGAUUCGAGAAAAUCCAGGAUUUGCCAGCACUGAAAAUCUGGAUUUGUGGUGUUGAUGGAAUUGAAGUCCUGCGAUUUAUGAUAUCCCAGUAUUCUGUUAGCGAAACUCGUGAAUUUUGGCAUGUCAGUAUGGUUAGUGUAUGUAUAUAAUUAUAUUUUAUAUAACGGUUGUGAAUUUUAGUAUAAACCAUAGACUUAAAUGGCAAUGUAGGAAUGGAGUUUCGGUGCUUUUUAAUCUAAAUUGUGAUAUUCCUAAAGCCAUACCACCCUCAUUUUUAGUGAUGAACACACAUACCUAUUUUUAAAUCAUCAAAAAUACUCUCCAUAUUAUGUGUAAUGAAUAGAUGUCUUACAAAUAUUUUUCCCCCUUUUUUAAAAAGUGUUUUUUUUAUUGAAAGAUAAGGUCUAAUGUCAGGGACUUUGAUAUACAUAAUAGAAUUUAGUACAGAAUGUUUCCCAUUUUAAUAGACCUGUAUGUGUAAAUUAUGCAUGUCUAUACUGUUUGCUGUAAGUUAUGCUUUUUACCAGAUGGAUUUAAUUAUUUCUGCUAGAAAAUCUUGCAUGAUCUCGCUGUAUAAAAUACUUUGUGCUUUGUGCAAAUUAAUAUAAUUAAAAUGACAUGUUUUUUUGGGGAUUUUCAACCAAAUCUACUGAAAAUAUUUUGGUGAAAAGUGUAAUUGGGUUAUGUGCAAUUUCUUGUAUGAAUGCAUUUCCAAUCAGAUGAGACUUGAAUAAAUA